CACCCCUAGUGUCUUGAAACAUCGUCUUCUAAUCAUAGCUAUUCCGGCGAGUAGGCGGUUCCUGGGUUUCUCCCUGUGACCAUGGCGAACCGGACGGAUCCGUUGGCGAAGAACAUAAGAGGGACGAACCCUCAGAAUCUGGUGGAGAAGAUCGUGCGGACGAAAAUCUACAAUCACACUUUCUGGAAGGAGCAGUGCUUCGGCCUCACGGCGGAGACUCUUGUAGAUAAGGCUAUGGAGCUCGACCACGUUGGCGGGACCUUCGGUGGUAACCGCAAGCCCACUCCUUUCCUUUGCCUGAUACUGAAGAUGCUGCAGAUCCAGCCUGAGAAAGAGAUCGUCGUGGAGUUCAUCAAGAACGAUGAUUACAAGUAUGUUCGUAUUCUAGGUGCGUUUUAUCUACGUCUCACUGGGUCUGAUGUUGAUGUCUAUCGCUACCUCGAGCCUCUCUACAAUGACUACCGUAAAGUGAGGCAGAAGCUAUCUGAUGGGAGGUUUUCGUUGACACAUGUGGACGAAGUCAUUGAGGAGCUUUUAACCAAGGAUUAUUCGUGUGAUAUCGCAAUGCCACGCUUGAAGAAAAGGUGGACGCUUGAACAGAAUGGUUUGUUAGAGCCGAGGAAGAGUGUUUUGGAAGACGACUUUGAAGAAGAAGAGGAAAAAGAGGAGAAUGAAGGGAUGGCUGACGGAUCUGAAGACGAGAAGGAUCAUCACCGUAGGAGUCCUGAAAGAGAAAGAGAUAGGGACAGAGACAGGGACAGGAGACGUGACAGUCAUAGGCACAGGGACCGUGAUUAUGAUAGAGACUAUGACAUGGACCGAGACUACGACAGAGACUAUGAAAGGGAACGUGGGCGUGGUCGAGACAGGGAUAGGGAGAGAGACAGAGACAGAGAUCACUAUAGGGACCGAGACAGGGAAAGGGAACGAGGCAGGGACAGAGAAAGAGAGAGGGCAAGGCGGAGAAGUAGAAGCAGGAGUAGGGAUCGUAAGAGACAUGAGAGUGAUGAGAGGGAGGAACCUAAGAAGAAGAAGGAGAAGAAAGAGAAGAUGAAGGAAGAUGGAACAGAUCAUCCGGAUCCUGAGAUUGCAGAAGCUAAUAGACUCAGAGCAUCUCUGGGACUGAAACCAUUGAAAUAAACCGAAGAACAACCUGUCAAACCGGGACAUGGUUCAUGUAUCCGGUUACUGCUACAUCCUAUUUCUGUUAUGUAAGGAGGUUGUGAGUGUUUUCGCAAUUAUAGAAUCUUUGAUGUAGUCUUGAUGAACAAAACGGAGUGUUCAGGAUAUUGUUUGCUCUAAACCGGAUUAUUCGCAAUAUAUUCUGAUUUUGUCAUAA